UCUUUUAAUUAUUAUAUUAUCUAAUCUAUCUCCACUGUCAGAUACCAUUUCGAGAUAAAUAAAAAUAUUUAAAUGAAUAUCUAGAUGUGUACCAAUACAAAGGCAUAUGUAUAUACGACGUCAGAUGUCAGAUAUAUAUUUUUAAUUCCUGCAAGAAUUCUACGAGAGUUUUAAGAAUGUGUUGAGAUUGUCUCGCUCGCUAUCUCCACGUUAAUGCUCGAAAGUUACCUAAUAGUAUCUUAUCUCGGUAAAAUCGGCCACCGGGGGCAUCGGAACCUCCGUAGCCGCUCAUGCAGUCAUUUAAUGCAUUGUCGCUAUCGCCAAUCGCCAGUGUGACGUGCGAUCAGUCGACCAGUCUCGUCGCUCGUGUCGCUCGGUGCGCGCGUACUCGAGGUUGCACCUCCCUUCAAAGCGACGUUCGAACGAGACAGAGAGUUCGGUACAAAUCGAGGUGUUGCCGCGCGACGAUCCCGCCUGUCGUAUGCCCGUGGUGGCCGCGAGGAUGCCGAGAUCGGUCCGACGAGCGACGACAUAACGACGGUUACACGAGCGGAUGCACGCGAGAGAUACUCUGCGAGGACACGCGACCGGAGGCGAAAUCGCAGCGAGUCGUCAUCGCCGCCGAUGCUACUGCACUUCGAUAGAUCGCGCAUCGGUGCGGCCGAGGUCGCGUCGUAGGCUGAUCGAACGACGAGGUGAAGGUGUGAACUUGCUGAAACAAAGCGAUAGAUAGAACAAGGGAUAAAUGAUAACCUUCUUGAAAGGAAGGCAUGGCAAGCUUGAUGGUAAACACUUCUAGUAAGAACAGCUCGCGCAGUGGAUCUCCUAGUAGAGCGCCUUCGACAUCCCAACUACAUCAGCAGUCAUCAACAGUGAGCUUGGAUCAUACUUCGAGAUUGCGUAAUGUUUCAAUUUCUCAAGCAGGCGAGGGUAGCACAGGCAGUGGAAGUAGUGGCGGCGGCGGUGGUGGUGGUACAGGAAGUAGCCUCAGCAUGAAGAGCAGCAGUAGACAAAGAUCACCAGGAAAUUUAAUUCGCAUGGGAGAUGCUAUGGAUGAAUCAAGUAAUAUUACAAACACUGCCGAACCAGAGGAGUUUGUGCCAAAUAUUCAUCCACCGACUGAUGACGAAGGAGAACAAUACCAUGCAACCCAAUCGUUCCUAUCAAAUGGUUCUUCUGAAUUGAUAGCUGACGAUGUUGACUCUAGUGCAACACGAGUUCGCCAAGCUAUUGAACAUAUACAAAGUAAAAUCGCUAAGACGCGAGAAUUGAUAAGAAUAGAACAAACCACGCGGGAUGAAAACGUCAAUGAAUAUUUAAAAUUGGCUGCUAAUGCGGACAAACAGCAAUUAACUAGGAUUAAAACAGUAUUUGAGAAGAAGAAUCAAAAAUCGGCUCAUAGUAUUUCACAGCUACAAAAAAAGUUAGACAGUUACAUGAAAAAAUUGAAAAAUUACGAAAUGAAUGGCGCACCCGCGAGUCAUAGACAACCGAGAGAAAUGUUACGCGAUAUGGGACAAGGACUUAAACAUGUGGGAGGAAACAUAAGGGACGGAAUCACUGGUUUUUCAGGAACUGUAAUGUCUAAACCAAGAGAGUUUGCUCAUCUUAUUAAGAAUAAAUUUGGAAGUGCUGAUAACAUAAAUACUUUAUCACAUGGCUCGACUUUUUAUGUAAACGAUACACCGCAUGCAGGUAAUGGUGAUAACGCUAGCGUUGAAGAAGACAAAACUCAUCAUGGUUCAGCCACACUUCCUGGUGGAUGCAGUCUAGGAUCUACUCAAAGCGCAGCGGCUAUGAAAUUCCCGUCCGAGGAAGGAUCGGAAUGUUCUAGCGUGACCAGUGAAAGUGGUCCUGGUAGUAGAGGACAGCCGCACGCUUGUCAUAGUAAUAAUGCAGCCUUGAGUCUCAAAUCUAUUUUCGCAGAACUACAAGAACACCGAGAACAUCUUGACCAAAUGAGGGAAAAAUUAGAUAGCGUAAAGACAUUACAACAGGAAGUGACAUAUCUUUCCCAUUCCCUCCAAGAAGAACGUUUCAGAUGCGAACGUUUGGAAGAGCAGAUUAACGACUUAACGGAACUACAUCAAAACGAAGUAGAAAACUUGAAACAGACUAUUACAGAUAUGGAGGAAAAAGUGCAAUAUCAAAGCGAGGAUAGACUACGUGAUAUACACGAGAUGUUGGAGAGUUGUCAAACUAAAAUCUGUAAAAUGGAGCAUCAGCAACAACAGCACCAGCAAUACGUGACAUUGGAGGGUCUAGAUAAUAGCAAUGCAAGAGCAUUGGUUGUAAAAUUGAUAAAUGUAGUAUUAACCGUAUUGCAAGUUAUUUUGCUUCUCGUUGCAACAGGUGCUGGUAUUAUGAUGCCUUUCCUCAGAACUAGCUGUACUAAGCCUCAUUGUUUCAUGUGUAGGGUGCGUAUAUUAACAACCACAUUCGUUGUGCUUGGCAUAGUGUUUGUGCUAAAGCAAUGGCCUGAGGUACAUGAUGUUGGUAGUCACCUCAUACGCCAUCUUAAGCAGACCCUUGCCAUGAAGUAGCAUUGGUGGAAUACUUAAAUUUAAUUGGAUUUUUUGUGAUGAAGCUGGGUUAGAUUGGAUAUACAUUGAUUGAAAUCUUGCAUCCAUUUAUCAAUGUUGUAACAUUGAAGCAAUAAUAGUGUGUAUAUAAGUAUGUAAAUAAGUUUAUUUGUAUCUUUGGUUAUUUAAACUUUUUAUUAUAUUAUUAUUACUAUUGUUUUCGUAAAAAUAAGUAAUAUGUUAAUUUUAUUUUUGAUAUAAUUAUUUAAAUUGACACAAAGUUAUUUUGCUAUAAGAAAAUACGCGAUUUUUAUAAAUUAAUUUGUACAAAUUGUCAUUAAUUUAUAUUCUCAUUUUGAUCUGAUAUUAGCUUCAAUUUUUCAUGAUUUAUUAGUAUGAUCUAUAUUACUGGACGAAUGACAUUAGAAAUUAAGGCACAGAAAAUAAUUCUAAUAGUAUUAUAUAGUAUGACACUGCUUGGGUGUAUAUAUAUGUGAUACAUUAUUAUGAAAGUUUGAUUUCACCAAUUGGCAACAUAUCUCACAUAUUUAUUUUUUGGCGGAUGAAUGGUCAAAAAAUAGUGUAAAAGAAAUCAAGUGAGAAAGUGUUGUUAAAGUGAUGCACACCAGAACACUGUCUUCAACCUGCAUGAGAUGAUAGGUCCAACAACAAUUUGUUAAUGUAAAAACGGUUUGUUUCGAAUCCUCUUGGAUGUAUAUUUCGAUAAAUGAAACGAAAUGAAGGAUUUGUAACAUCCCAAUCGUCCAAUUGCUAAACAAUAAUUGUAAAUUAAGACAGAGCUCUUAUAUCACUAAAAAUAGCUGCUGUCCGGCGUUGUAUAAAGUAUAAAGUAGUAUAUAUUGUACAUUGUUUACUUGUUAUUUGUAAAAUUCGAUAUAUAAAAAGGUAUAAACUCUCUAGAAAAUGCAAGCUUUUUAAUCAUUAUUGUUGUGCAUUGCAUAAAAUAGUUAGCGUGUAAAUUGAGUCUCGAGUUCAAUGAAAGGGAUAAUGAAAGAAAUUUUGCUGAAAACUAUGUUAAAAGAUAUUAUGUUUGUGAAAAAUCAAAGUGAAUACGAAAUUUGGAUAUAAAUAACAAGUUUCACGUACAACGCGCGCAUGUGCUAUUAAAUCCAAUAUCAAUAAAAGAGGACCAACCGUCUCUUUCCUCUUAUACUACGACUACGAUACAAUUCACAUCGCAUUACAUAUAUAACGUUAAAACUGUGUAUAUGACAAUGAAAGACGCAGGAACGAUUUAUUAUUAUCCCAGUUAUUAGCCAUUAUUAGCAAUCUAAUCAUCAAAAACAUAAAUCUGCAUGUAUUAAGUUGAACGGAAAGUUCGUUCCGUUUUUUGCUAACAGAUAAAGACCGAAAAAACAGCACGAACUUUCGGUUCAAUCCAAUAUAUUAUAAUGAGCAUAAAGAAUUGAACCAUGACAGUUAAUUGAAAUGAGAGAAAGACUGAAGGACUACAAUGCUGUAGGAAUUAUGUUUAAUUUAACAUUGGCUUGAAUUUAAUAACGUGCACUAUAAUUUAAAAUUUUUAAUAUCGGAGAAAGAAAUUCCUUAUGUAAAUUAAUAUCAUAUAAUAUGAAAGAAUACAAAUUUACAGAAACGUGCAAAGUAUUUGAUAUGUGGUAAAAACAAGACAAGUUAAAAUCACAAAAUAGAAUUCUAAAACAAGCGUCUAGUUUGUGUUUCUUCUGUAUACACUAUCACUGUUUAAUAACAGAGCAUAAAUAUGUCUUAUAUAUUCACUAUUUUAUAAUAUACUUUUCCAUUUUUUCACCAUUCUAUGUCUGAGAUAAUCCAUGUUUAAGCACUAUUGUUACUAGAUACAAUCGCAACACAUAAUAUACAUUAAAAUUAAAUAGCAAAUAUCACUCAAUUCAUCUCAUCUAUGCGGUUUCUGUCUUGCACAUAGAAAUUUCAAUGUUUAUCCUUAUUUCAGGCUGUUAUGUGUUUGUGGCUAAAUAAUAAUAUGUAUAUGUGUUUGCAGUUAAGUAAUAAUACAAUAGCUUGUAUUCAACAUUUCGGUAUCUGUGUCCAUUUGUCCAUUUAAUAGCAUAGCAAAUAUAACAGCGCAAAGAAUUUCCUAUUCAGAAAAUAAUUCAAAAUAGCUGCUUGUAUUGCG